CCACUGGAGGGCAGGAGAAUCGACGCUCAGCGGAAACAGUCUUAUUGAUAAAGACGAAGAAGAACUAGCAGCUAAAGCGGAAGUACGAUUUCGGUGUCCUUGUGCUGCAGGAACAUAAAGAUGUUGAGACACGCAUUAACUCUCCAGAAGGUGGCGCAGCGGAGCAUCUGCACCUCGGCGUGCAGGCAGGUGAAGAACCGGGUUCCAGAGAGACAGAAGGAGUUUCAGGAGGACCUUGGGUUGCCCGUUCACUUACAAGGAGGAACCAGAGACUACCUGCUGUACGGCGCCACCAUGGUCCUCGCAGGCUGCGGAACUGGAGCCGUGCUCUACGAGCUGUGGAAGGCAUCCUUUCCUCAGAAGAAAAACUAACUACAGCGCCCCCUGCUGGGAUCUUAACAGAAUCAGUCCAACUCCAGACCUCCAGAUGUGUCGGGCAGCGAACAGUUCCAGUCACUGCUCCAGGGACUCUUGUUCAGUUCAUGUUUUGUUUCACGUUCAUGGGAUCAAUAUUUAUUUCCUGUUGUUUCUGUAAUAGUUCAAGGAUCAAUAAAAUGAUCUCAUGAUUAAACCUGACCCCUGACCCCUGA